ACUGUUUCUUUAAAUCUUUAUCAUCGAGAACGAGAAUUAUGAGUUUGUUUCAUCUUGCUCCAUUUGAACAAGCUAGAGGUUCUGGAGUACUUAACCCUGACAGCAGUAAGCUUUGGAACCCGGAUUUACAGGAAGAUGAUACCCAUUAUUCGGGGAAAAUGUUGGAAACUUCUAAUUUUAGAACAAAAUUCUCAGAGUCGACACAUAUGCGACAGAGAAUGACAAAGUUGCGCGGCAGUGAAUCUGGCUCGACAGCUGAAGAACAGCCAGAUGUCGUCUUCUUUCCAACAGCUGACAGUUCACCACAAAAUGGCGGCUGCCAGGACGGAGUUUCUGGAGGAAGUGGUUUUAAUACUUUCGGUUUUCUUUCUUUUCUUCUUGCUGCCUUCAAUGCUGUCAGUGUAGUGUCAAACAACAACAACAACCGCAAUAACAACAACAAUAACCGAAAUAAUGACAACAAUAACAACAACUUCCAGACCUUAGAGAGUUCUGUUCAGGGUAUGCAGAUGGUUAAUAGAAAAAGAAGGGAAAUAUCUGAGCAGAGCUUACUUCUAAAUUUACCCAUGGCAGUUUUUAACAUGAUCAAAACUGAUUUAAAUGUCACAAGAAACAAAACAAUUUCGAACGACGACAUUGACAAUUCUAUACAAGACGACAUUAAAGACUCAGCUUCCAAACACCUUAUUGAGUCUGUGCAAAGGUUUAUAUCUGCCUGGCUGAGAAAUCAAGGGACGAAAGAGAAACAAUGUCUCCUGAAAAAUAUAUGUCAGGCUAACCCUGCCCCACCAAGCCAAGGAGAAACCCCGGAACAUGUUUUGAUAUUCAACCAUGCAGUAAAUAAAGCCCUUAUCAGAGAUCUUGGUUUGGAAUCAGAAGAAGACGACUUUCUAAAAGCAGCGGAGAAAGGUAAAUCCGGUGAAUCCUGCUCAGAAAUAUAUCCACUCUGCCCUUUAGAUGAAGAGCUAACAAUGGAAAUAGUUGAAAAGAGUCUGCUUCUGCCAGCGUCCAUGUUUAACAAAUUCUUCUUUUAAACUUCAAAUUUAUUAUGUAAAAAAAAACUACAGAGGGGGUCAAAUUGACCCCCCCCCCCAGCAGGAAUAGGGUUAAUAAAAAGCUGGAUAAAAAGACGUCUUCAGUUCAAUCUUUUAAGUAAAAAUCUCAAAAAUAGUUGUAAUUUUACAAAUCUUGUAAUCAUGAUAUAUCCACUUUAUAACUUCAUCAGUCCCAGGAUACCUUACUGCUAAGCAACGUUUCUAAUUUAUAGAUUGAAAAAACGACGGAUCUUAUUUCUCUGUAUUCCCAUGAUUACUGUAACAUAUUAUGAAUGUGAUAUAUCAUAUCGAUAAUAUAAAUAAAAGUUCAAAAUUUUAAAAACA